UGUAUAACUAAUAAAAGAUGUUUUGCAUGCUCUUUAAAGUCAUUGGUACAAUCUUGGUUCCACCUUUAAUAUGGGUUGUAUGGAUUUAUAUCAAACAUCUUGUUGACUGCUUGUCCUAUCCUCAAGGACCAUUUCCUCUCCCAUUUAUAGGAAAUGCUCAUUUAAUAAGAAAUAGGGAGUCUUAUAAAGUGUUUUCUGAAUUUCAGAAGAUUUAUGGCAGCGUUUUUGGAUUUAGCAUUGGCUCAACCAGAUAUGUGGUUGUAAAUAACUUAGAAGGAGUUCAAGAGGUUUUGAUCAAAAAAGGUUCACAGUUUGCAGGCCGCCCAAGACGAGCAACUUGGAGUAGAGCUCUAAAUGGACUCGUUGCUUGUGAUCCAAGUCCGCACUUUAAAGUUUUACGAAAACUAGCAUCAUCAUCUUUAAAAAUUUAUGCAGAAGGAUUGGUUGGAAUGGAAAAAAAAGCUGCAGAUGAAUACAGUCACUUGAAUAAAAAGCUUCAAACUAUGAAUGGAAAACCAGUUUCUUUGCAAAAUAUGAUAGAGUUAGGUACCCUCAACAUCAUUUGUACUAUUUUAUUCAAUCAUCGAUAUGAAGAAGAUGAUAAAGAAUUUCAGGAUAUCAUCAAAUACUCAAAUUUGACUGUUAGAGUUUUUUCUGGAACAAAUAUUUUAUCUUCUUUUCCGUGGUUGCGUUUUUUUCCUUCUGCUACUUCACGAAGCAUAUAUGAGGUAAUAAGAAUACGUGAUCCGAUUUUAAAAAAAAAGCUACAAGAGCACAAGAGCUCGUUUGAUGAGAAUAACUUACGUGAUGUGACUGAUGCAUUAAUUAAGGUUUCUUUGGAUUUGGAUAUUGCAAAAGGUUCCGAAGAAAAAAUUACUGACGAAAACAUAGAGUUUCUUUUAAACGAUUUCAUAAUUGCCGGAUCAGAAACUUCAUCAAGUACAAUUCUUUGGUUUAUUGUUUAUCUUUUACAUUGGCCAGAAUACCAAGAUAAACUUUAUAACGAAAUUAUAAAAGUUACAUCAGGUAAGCGUUACCCAUGUUUAAACGAUCGCCCCUUGCUUCAUUUAAUGCAAGCCACAAUUCAUGAAACACUUCGAUUGUCAUCAGUAGGUCCUCUUGCUCUAGUUCAUAAAGCGAUGGAAAACAGUUCCAUAUGUGGAAAAUCAGUUCCCAAGGGAGCUUUUAUACUAACAAAUUUAUGGAGUAUACAUCAUGAUGAAAGUUAUUGGAAAAAUCCAAUGUGUUUUUAUCCAGAACGUUGGUUAGAAAAAUCUGGUGAGUUUAAUUCUAAGUUAGGGUAUGCAUUUUUGCCGUUUUCAGGCGGACCUCGUAGCUGUUUAGGAGAAGCACUUGCAAGAACAGAGUUGUUUGUCUUUUUUUCACGAUUAGUAACAGAUUAUCGGUUUGAAAAACCAAAUAGUGAGGAGUUACCGCGCUUGAAUGGUCGUUUAGGUCUCACUUGCUCUCCUUUUGACUUUAAAACUGUGGUCGUUCCAAGAUGUUAAGUGAUUUUAUUUUAAAUAGUUUUUUAGUCUAAACUAUAUAUAUAUAUAUAUAUAUAU